UCUUCUGCUCCUUUUGGGCGCCCAGGUGAGCGGGAGAGUGGCUGGGGGAAUAACAACAUCAAAGAAGCUCCUUUUGCUCCCUUACUCCGAGGAGACGUUCUGGUGCCUGACUCCUGGUCCUGUCCCCAGCGCCCUGGUGGCCUCUCGAGCCCCUUCAGUGACCAAGAUGCAGAGAUCAGGGCGCCUUUGCGCCGCCCCACGUGCCCGCCCCUAGCUGGCUCCGCCCGGCCCGGAGGAAAGGUGAGGUCGGGGGCAGGGCCGGGCGCGGCAGCCAGGAUAAGGAUUGGCCCGGCUUGGUGCCUCCCGUGGCCCGGUAGCGCGGUCCCACACCUGCCACCCUCCGAUGGGGCAGCUACCUGUGUGCCUGCCAAUCAUGCUGUUCCUGCUGCUGCCGUCGCUGCUGCUGCUGCUGCUGCUGGGACCUGGCCCCAGUUUCAGCGAGGCCUCCAGGAAGUCACAUGUGCACCGGCGUGGGAUCCUGGAACUGGCAGGAACUGUGGGUUGUGUUGGCUCCCGAACCCCCCUGGCCUAUAUGAAAUACGGUUGCUAUUGUGGCCUGGGAGGCCGUGGCCAGCCCCGCGAUGCCAUUGACUGGUGCUGCCAUCACCACGACUGUUGCUAUACUCGAGCUGAGGAGGCCGGCUGCAGCCCCAAGACACAGCGCUACUCCUGGCAGUGCGUCAAUCAGACUGUCGUGUGCGGACCAGUAGAGAACAAAUGCCAAGAACUCUUGUGCAAGUGUGACCAGGAGAUUGCUAACUGCUUAGCCCAAACUGAGUACAACUUAAAGUACCUCUUCUACCCCCAGUUCCUAUGUGAGCAGGACUCGCCAAAGUGUGACUGACUACCUUGACUUGAAAUGCUCUUUUGCACAAGGAAAUAAAGCUUCCUCUCACUAAUGAA